UAUUACACAUUCUCUACAUACAAAAAAAAAAUAUGGAAAAAAUAUCUAGGCCUUUUAAUGGGAGUAACUAUUGGAAAAAGAAUGGGUACAAUCUCUUAGAUGGAGCUAUUGAAACUAAGAGGAACAUACAAGUGGUGAAGAUCAAAAGCGGAUCAAAUGACUCUGCUACACGAAAUUUUAGAAGGUUUUGGAGGAUCAAAAAGACGCUUAAGUUUAAGAGUUUGAGGAAGACAAUUACUCAUGCGCCAAAGAAACUAUGGCAUACGUUCAAGAAUGGGUACGUUAACAUGAUGUUAAAAAUAGCCGGCGGAGUAGGGCAGAUUGAUGGAGGUAUUGAGUUUGAGAAUAAGAGGAUUUCACAAGCUAAACAUGUUAAGAUUAAGUAUAAGAAUCAAGAUGAUUUUGAAGCUAGGCUUGUUUUUGAGAUUUACAAAUCGUUGAGUACUUCCAAAGGGUUGUCUGAGAUUGCCUAGUAAGAUAAGAUACGUGUAUAAUUAUUAUUGUUGUUGUAGUGUUUAUUUAUUUCUUUAUUUUUUAUAAUUUUGCAUUUAGGUCUAGGAGUUGAAUUAUGAUGAUAUCUUCAAGGUUUGUCACUUGUGUAAUUGCACUCGAGAGCCUUUGAGAUGCGUUUUAAAAUUUUGCACAUGGUUAGAAGCAUAAUCAUGCCAAUUCAAGAAAAAUUGUAAAUUUUCUCCAUCUUUAUUAGAAAUAACAUUACGUGAAGAACUUGUGUUAA